CUCUCUUCUACAGGUACUAUCACGGAAAAUGCUCUGAAGAGUUGGCACGUAUGAUUCCACCGAGAGUAGCGCCUACCAGGCGAACCCGUCAAACAGACGGUAACCAUGAAUUUACUGUCAAACUAGAGGCACCAAGAACCUCAUUAUAUCAGAAUUCAUAUCUCUGGAGAACAGCAUCGCUGUGGAAUAAACUCCCUGCGACGGUUUUCCCUGCAGGUUACAACCUGAACCGUUUCAAGACCAACAUACACCGACAUUUCCGAGCACUCGCCGCUUCUCGAGCGUGAUAGGACAUUACCUUGCGAGUGCGCAUAUCCGUAAAAAAAAAAAAAAAAACUAGGAGAGGUUUGCUAUGUUUGCCUUGGUCCGGCCAAAAAAUGAUCCUCGAUGACGUUAGUCGUCUCUUUACAAAUCAGUCUUUAACUUUGGAGUCUAGAAACUAUUGUAGAGAUCCUCAAUCAGGAGGCGAAGGAACAUUUUGUUAUACUUUGGAUCAGUCUACUACUAAGAAGGAGGUUAAAAGGGAGUUUUGUCAUGUGAGGAACUGCAUCAGAUCUGAUCAAUAUAAAAUGGCUGGUACUGGCAAUGAUUUUAUUGGACAAGUAGAAGUAACUAGAUCUGGUCGAAAAUGUGAUGCAUGGGAUGUUCAUCCAGGAAGAGUCCAUGAAAAAUACAUGUACGCUGUACGCUUGCAAUGAUUCAAGUUUUGUUGAUAUGAA